ACCAUACAUCGCAGCCUCGAGAACCUUCUUGCUUUUGUUAUUAUUAUGAUCGUCUCGCAGCGUGACUUUUAUUUUGACAUGUUUUGACGUGUCGUUGUUUUCGACUCUUCCGUAUUCACACUUUUAAACAUGGAGUCUAUUUUCCAUGAAAAACAAGAGGGAUCUCUGUGUGCACAGCACUGUCUGAAUAAUCUUCUGCAGGGUGAAUAUUUCAGUCCUGUGGAGCUGUCGUCCAUCGCUCAUCAGCUGGAUGAAGAGGAGAGGAUGAGGAUGGCAGAAGGAGGCGUUCAGAGUGAAGAAUACAGAACAUUCCUUCAGCAACCGUCUGGAAACAUGGAUGAUAGCGGUUUCUUCUCUAUUCAGGUGAUCAGUAAUGCUCUGGGUGUUUGGGGAUUGGAGAUCGUUCUGUUCAACAGUAGAGAAUACCAGCAGUUAUGCAUCAAUCCAAUAAAUGAAAAGGCGUUUAUAUGUAACUAUAAAGAGCAUUGGUUUACAGUACGUAAACUGGGACAGCAGUGGUUUAAUUUAAACUCACUGCUAACGGGACCAGAGCUGAUAUCAGACACUUAUUUGGCACUUUUCUUAGCACAACUACAGCAAGAAGGAUAUUCCAUAUUUGUGAUCCGAGGAAAUUUGCCGGAUUGUGAAGCUGAUCAGAUUUUGGGGAUCAUGCGAGUCGAGCAGCAGCAGCGACCAAAGCUUAUCGGAGAGGAUGAAGCCAACAGGAUGUCUGUAGAGCAGCAUGUUUCAGAUCCUGGACAAAGCACUGAUGAAGUUCUGCUGGAUGAGGAUGAGGAGGAACUGAGGAAGGCUUUGGCUCUUAGCAGACAGGACAUGGAGGUUGAGGACGAGGAGGCCGAUCUACGCAGAGCAAUUCAACUCAGCAUGCAGGGUAGUAGCAAACCCAUAAGCCCAGGUGAGACGAAUGCUGUGAUGGUGGCAUCCAGUGAAUCAGAAAGUAGCGAGAAAGAGACACUGACGGCGGAUGAGUUACGCAGAAGACGACAGGCGUACUUUGACAGACAGUCGCAACAACAAACUCAAUCCAGCACUCAUGACAGUAAGCCUGCGGGGGAGGACAGUGGGACCAAAGCCAGCCCAAGCCAGUGAGAGCCAGAGACGUUUCUGGGUUUAUGGGAAUCAGCAGGACCCCAGGAUGAUGUCUACUAUCUUAAUAUAAGGACAUUAGUGUAGCUUUCCUUUACCUCUAUGAUUUAAAUGAGGUCAAAGUGUUUACCCUGGUACAUUCCUCUUCUUCAGACACAUAUGAUGUUAUGGCCUUCAGUCUGUUUUUCUCCCUGAAGUUCACCAUGAGAACGCAGUAGAUGGACGGAGAUUAAAGCGGAGACUUAUGAAGCUGACGUUGCUCUUGCGAGAGGAGCAGCAUUUUUGGACCUUUGCAGUUUUCUGGGUGCACUGGACUCUUCAGCUUUCCUCUGAGGAUUGUAGUGAAUUGCUCAUCUGUUGGUCUCGUGGCUUAACUGUGAUCUGAUGUUAUUUAGAGAGAGGAACGAUGUGUGUUUCAUUCUGUACAGAUGCAUAAAGAUGAACGCUGGCCACAUUUUUAAGAAAUAAAGAAAUCCUUUUGCCCCCUUUAGAGAGAAGAGAGGGCAGAAUCUCUACUGGCCUUAUUGACUGUCUGUGUUUAAAACAAUAACACAAAAAAGUGAGUUAUUCUCCCACAUAUGUACUGCGUGUGUGUGUGUGUGUGUGUGUGUGUGUGUGUGUGUGUGUGUCAUGUCGUCAUCAUCAUAAUCAUCACAAGUGUCCAGUGCAGAUUCAGAGAUUCAAUUGUUUAUCUUUUCAUUGUUGAUUUUGUCACACAUUUGUCUUUGUUUGACACAGUAUUGUGAUUUUUAUUGAUGAUUUCUGAUGUUUGGUGAUGGAACAGUGCUGAAGUUUUAAUAUAUUUUCUCUCUUAACAUUUAGAAAUUUUUUUUGUAAUCAUGCACCAAUUAUACAACCGUUUGUGGUAUUAUUUUGAUUCUUAAAUAAAAACUUUUGCUUUUUCCCUUGAA